GGCGGCGCUUUACGGCAGCGGCCCGGUCGUGGCGGGCGGCGGCGGCGCUUUGCGGCCGAUGCGCGAUGAGUUUUUACGACGCCUUCCGGGGCUUCUUCGGCUUCCCGGGACGCGGCAGGCCCCGGGACCCGCUGUUCGGAGCGCCGUGGGACGACGACGAGGAGGAGGAGGAGGAAGCCGAGGGCCCCCCCGGGCCGCGCCCCCCCGAUGAUUUCGGCUUCGGCUUCAGCCCCGGCGGCGCCUUCGAGGAGCUGCUGCGGGACAUGGGCGAGCUGCUGGGCGCCUUCGGGGGCGGCUGGGCCGGGCUGCCGCCGCCCUUCGGGGGGGAGCGGGGCUGGGGGGGGCCCGGCGGAGCAGCCCGGCCCGGGCUGACCCCGGCGAUCCCCGCUGAGCCCCCCCUGCCCGGCCCCGGUGCGAGGCGGCCGCUGCGUGACUCCAUGCUGAAGGAGCCCGAGGGCCCGGCCCGGCCGUGGGAGCCGCUCCCGGCGCUGGAGGAGCCCCCACCACCCGCACCGGGACAGAAGGAGGACGGCGACCUGGACUCCCAGGUGUCGUCGGCGGGGCUGAGCACCAUCCUGCGGCCCCGGCAGCCGCGCUCCUACUUCCAGAGCGUCUCCGUCACCACAGUAACUCUCCCUGAUGGGGCAGUGGAGGAGCGCCGCACGGUGCAGGACAGCCAGGGCCACCGGGAGACGACCGUCACCCGCCGCAGGGGGGACCAGGCCUUCAUCACCACCACCAAGGAGGAUGGGCAGAACAAAGACUACCGGGAGGAGGUGCUCAACAUGGAUGACCGGGAGCUGGCGCAGUUUGCGGGCACGUGGCCGCAGCACGAUGAGAUCCUCAGCCCCCCCCGGAGCGACUCCUCGUCCCUGCUGGGCAGCUUCUUCCGCCGCUGGUUCUCCAGCUGGUAGCUGCGUGAGGGGCACGGGGUGGUGGCUGCCCCGCCUUAUGGGGGUGCGUGGCAGCCCCCUCUCCCUGCCCCCGCUCUGUGCAGGUGGGGCCGGUCCUGCCGGGACGCAGGGGCUGGGAUGGGGGCUACCCCCACUCAACCCCCCUGCAUUGUGGGGGUGAAGCGUGUGGAUGUGUACAGAGAAAUAAAGUCUAUUUAUGCUAA